UUUUAAAUAUUGGUGGCCAUGGAGUUGUUGACAUUGACAAGUCACCUACCAAACCGAUCUCCCGAUAAUAUCUGUGGACGGUCUCACCCCCAAUAAUAUCUGGUCAAGAAGUGGGUUCAAUCAACCGAGUCGUCUUUCUUUCCUGAGAUCUCUCAUCGGGAACAAUGGCCGUGGAAGCUAUUCUCGUGAAAGCCCUGGGACUGAUCAUCGACUUAACAGCACCUCCUGUCCUUCAAUAUCUACGCCCAAUUUGGGGAGGAGUUGAUGAGGAGCUGGAGAAGCUCCGUAGGUAUUUACUCCAAAUCCAGCCUCUGGUUGAAGAUGCAGAGGAGAGGCAGCUCAUGGAUCAGACUGUCAAGUCCUGGCUGAUGCUGCUCAGAGAUGUUGCCUACGAUGCUGAUGACAUCCUCGACCAGGCCAACACACAUGUCCUACUCAUCCAGCGCAAGGCCCAGUUUUACGGUCCCUUGAAAAGCAAGGUGCGUGACUUUUUCUCUCUUGAUCAUAACCCACUCCUGUUUCAACUUCAGUUGGGGCACAAGCUUAGAAGCAUCAACCAAAGAAUAGAUGGUAUCAUAGAAGAGAUGCACAAGUUCAAUUUUAAGGUUGCAGACAACAACAAUAACAACAACAGACCUUGGAGGAAUAGGCCACAAACACAGUCUCAUGUAAUUGAAUCAGAAGUAAUUGGCAGAGAUGAAGAGAAAGAGCAAAUAAUGCAGAUGCUGAUACGUGAUCAUUUUGAAGAGAAAGUGACAGUGGUUUCCAUAGUCGGUAUGGGCGGUUUAGGCAAGACAACACUUGCUCAGUUGGUCUACGGAGUUAAAGAUAUAGAGAGCCACUUCCAACUACGCAUAUGGGUAUGUGUCUCUGAUGAUUUUAAUGUGACAAAGCUCGCUGGAAACAUCAUACACACAGCCUCUGGGAAACUUACAAUGAUACAUGAACCCAUGGAACUGCUACAGCGGGAUCUACGACAACUCCUGGGGCAGAAGAGGUAUCUGCUUGUCUUGGAUGAUGUUUGGAAUGAAGAUCACAUGAAGUGGGGUGCACUUAGACAUCUGCUUCUCGAUGGAGCAGAAGGAAGCAGAAUUUUAAUAACCACACGCAAUGAGAACUGCUCAAGGGAUAAUGGGUGCAAGGAAAUCUUAUACUCUUCAGGGUUUAUCAGAAGAAAGCUCCUGGGCUUUGUUCGAACAAAGAGCAUUCACCACAAGUGUAUCAAGACAACCAAAAUUCCUAGAGAUUGGUAAAAAAAUUGUCAAUAAGUGCAAAGGG